AUGCCGAGGAGAACCGCGCAGGAAUGGAUCCGCUUAUCCCUGCGCACACCGGGGAUUCUCAUCUUCGGAAUGGUCAUGGCCCCCUGCGGAUGGGUCCUGGACCUGACCGCUACCGUGGCCCCCAGCUGGAGGACCCUGAACAACCUCCCUAACAGACCGACCAGUGAGUACAUCGAGCAGGGCAUCUGGGACAUCUGCAGGAGGACCACGUCCUCACCGAGGGGCGAGUGCUCCCUGGAGGACACCACCUACUUCGACAACGAGAUCAUCGAUGUCGCGCAGGGUCUAAUGGUCGCCUCCUUGGUCGUGACUCUAAUCGGUUUGGCCGUGGCCAUACCAGGAGUCCGCUGCUGGAGGGACAGACCCAACUGGAUCGCGGCAGGUCUGGGCGGACUCCUGAUCUUCCUCUCGGGCGUCAUGACCAUCAUCCCCAUCGCGUGGUAUACCCACAUAAUCAACGACGUCACCACGGUGUCCCCGGUCAUCGACGUGCAGGUGGGCUACUGCAUCGUGCUGGGCUACAUCGGCGGCAUCUUCGAGAUCCUCGGCGGGUUCGUGAUGUUCAUCGGCAUCUGCCGCUGCUGCGGCGGGAGGAACCGCGGCGAAGUGCGCGUGGAGGAUGCCCGGGGCACCCAGUUCAGGCAGAAGCCCCCGCCGAGACCCACGAUCAUCCCGAGCCUGGACCGCAGGAGCAACCCCAGCACCACCGUGCCCUACUCCAAAGACUCCCUGGACGACGACGUCUCCUUCCCCCGAGCCAAGAGUCCGGGAGUCCGGUCAGUCAACACCUCAUACAGCGGCAGACCCGGGGACGCGGACCUAUGAGGAGCCACAUCUGAACUCAGACACCACAAAGACCAAGUCCAAAGAAAGACAACCUGAA